GAGGUGUGGCCGCGUGAUCGGUCUCCCAGCAACGCGGGAUGGCGGCAGGCGAGCAGCAGGGCCGCGAGUACCUGGAGCGCUACAAGAUCCCGGAGCUGCUGCACAACCUGAGCGCGCUGCUGCUCUACCACCGGCCCGAAAGACCAAGAGAGUUUUUGAUACAUGCACUGGAAAGAGUGAAGCUUGCAAAACUAACUGAUGUGGAAUAUCCUUAUCUUGUGGAUGAAUCAAAUUUGGAUGCUAUGUUUGAAAUGCUGGAUACUACAAGUCAAGGCUAUAUAACCUUAGUGCAGUACAAAGGAGCUCUUAAAAGCUUGGGGCUAAGUACUCAGGAUUUACCUUAUGAAGAAGAUGCAACUAUCACCCUGGAAAUAUUCAAGAAAGAAGUAAAGAAGAAGUUGCAGGAGAGCUGGGCAAUAUAUCAAUCUUAAGCAGCUGUCUGCUAAAAGUAAAAAUGUUUCUGAAGUCU